GGUUGAAUUACGAAAUGAUCGCCAAUAAGCUGUGUAUCCGCCCGUUUCGAACCUCUUCACAGCGUCUAGAGAUCCAACUGUGUUACUUUCAUAUGGGGACCAACGGCAAGGAAAAAGCACGGAAGGAAGGCAACGAAAUUGUCUAGACCCACUCAUUGCCAUGGUCUUUUAGGUAGUUGGGUUCCACCGGAUGGAGGCGAGACCCUGUCAAGGGUCCUCGUAAAGCCACAGGAAAUUCUCACCUGCCAAGCUGAAUGUCAUAUGCUUUAUCCUUCGUCUCUGCCCCUUUUACUCGGCCCGGAAACGUGUUGAAGUUGGUCAAUACUAUUCUUCUGACUGAGAGAGAAUUCAACAACGAUUAGGGGCUAUUGGAAACGUUUCACAGAUUACUCUGGAAACGCAACUGUCCCGCUGCGGCCCAUGACGGAUUUUCACUGGCGAUGUUCCCUAUACCGAAGGCGUUUCGCUGCGAUUCAUUCGGCUGUCUCGGGCAGCAUCCAUAAUGCGAUUCGUUAAUUAAUGUAUCAAGGAUACAAUAAAACCAAUGCGACAAUGGAAGGAUUAUAUCGGGAUGCCACACAGAAAUCGAGCGCCGGGGUGGCGUCCUGCCACGCUUCGCGGCAUUUACUUGGGCUCGCUGGCCGGGCUCAUGUUGACAAUGUUGAUCACGAUAGGAGGAAUUUACCUGGGUAGUGCUGCAAGAGGCGGACUCGCAAUCUUUAGCUCAACCGAAGACAUAGCUACGGCACAACAAGUGGCAUACACCUUUGUGCCCAUGGUGAUGGGUGUCAUAAUAGGUGUUAUGUGGUCCUUCACCGAGUACGAUGCUCUCCGACUUGAGCCGUACUUCCUAUUAUCAAACCCCAAGGGCGCUUCAGCUGACACAUUGCUUCUCAACUACGUAUUCGGCCAUUUUACAACGACCCCAUUUAAGGCAGCCCGCAACCGGCAUUGGGUGGCUUUUUGCGUGUCAAUCCUGAGUAUUUCGUUGCAGUUGAUACUCCCAGCAGUCCUGGGUAACCUUGUCAGCGCAGAGGUAGUCUCUAUGCAUUUCCCGCAAACGCUAAAAACUUGGCCCAAGUUCAUCAAUUUAGACACGCAUGCCUACUGGACGUUUCACAAUAUGGCGAACCAAGCCCUCUCUAUCAACCAUGCCCAUUCGACUAGCGAUGUAAUUGGAUCCAGAAGAUAUGCGAUGCCCCCGGUUCAGACAUAUUGGAAUAGCGGAUCCGAAGAUGACACGUGGAGGCUGAAUCAAUCGGUAUAUUGGGCAGAUGUAUCGUGUGCCUAUGUCGAUGGCAAUGGUUUAUUUGCGGAUUUAUCACGUAUGGAAGGGGAUCGACAAAGACUGCCCAUAUCUGAGCUUCUUCUGUCAGACCAAGACGGUACUCGAUUGGCAAAUGUUGCGGGGGCUUUCGAAACUUGUACCGCACGGCCCGAUCAAGAGGAAGAGAUGGACACUCCUCAAAUACAAUAUUGGAAGCUGUUGCAAUGGAACGAGAACCCAAAGCUCUGUGGGCAAUUCGACCUAGUCGGGGUAGCGGUGCAUGCGAAUCAAGCGGUACUAGACGCACAACAUGGUUCGAACAAGUCCUCAGACUGGUUUAGUCCAUUUGGGUGCAGUGUGGAUUAUAUGACGGCCGAGGCAGAAAUUACACUGUAUGCGAAUGGCUCGGUCGCUUUGAUCGAUGUACAAUCGGAUACAGCUACAAAUCUGUCGGAGACUGGCUUUGAUACGGCAAAGUUUAGCAGCUCACUGCUGCGCAUGGCAGUCGCUACCAAAAAUAUGGACGAUCAGUACGGAAUGCUAUCCCAAGGUGACGUAUGGUCUGAAGUUGAUGCAGCCAUCAGUCAGUCGUUUGUCCCUUUGAUGAGCCGUACCUUUGACCUUCGACAGACUGUUCAUGUUAAGGGCAUCCGUAUCGUCCAGCGGGUUGCAUUGAUUGUCCAAAAGAGUAGUGUCCGCAUAUCAGCAGUUAUCUUGACGUUUGGAGUGGUGCUUGUUGCGAGUCUCCUCUAUCUGUACCCACGUCGACCAAACUUUCUAGGCGGCAACCCUGCCUCCAUCGCAUCGAUGUGUUGCAUAGCUACAGAUGUUAUUGAUGCUACCAGCCUGGAGAAGCUGUCCCAGAUGGAACUCGAGGUGUUGUCGACCCGGCAGCUUCGAUCCUAUCUACGCACAGGCAGCUGUAGCUGGAGGGAAACUCCUAAAGGACAGCGUCUGGCUAUCUCCUUCCCCGAUGACUCCACUCCUCGAAGCCCAAAGAGAUCUCGGCGAAGGGCCGACCCUCCACCCCCUUUCCUCAUGAUCCCUGUCUUUAUCCUAGAAAUAUCGGCAUUUCUUGCCGCACUGGGAGGCAUGCUCAUUAUUAUUUCGAAGUCCUGGCAGUAUGGGUAUUUUCCACCUUUGACUGAUAUCAAAAUGGACGACCUAAGAAGUAUAUGGAUGUUGCUCCCUCCCGCAAGUGUUCAAAAGGGAAACGCAACUGCUCGGUCCUCCUUUCUACUAGACUAUGGGUCUCAGAGCCCAUUUGCCGUGGCUCUAAGAUGUUUCAAUCGUCGUUAUGUGCUCCUUGGUCUUGUAUCUUUGACGUGUAUCCUCAACACGAUCCUGACUGUUCUUGCAAGCGCUCUCUUCGCCCUGGAGUACACCCCGAUGGCUACCGGUAACAUUGUCGAAUCGGAAUAUGACGAUCGAUCCUACACUGUCGGCAAUCACACUUCGAUCUUGGCUGAGGCCGAUCUGUUCCAGAGCAGCAUCUACACUGGCAUAUCUAUACUUCCCUGGACUACUACAACCCACUCCUUGCUUCCUGUGCAGUCGAACAUGACUGAAGACCAAUGGGCUACCAGCCCGUUAGUCGGUAUUGGUGCCAACCUAAUGUGCCAACGACUCUCUAUGGCAAACAGCCAUUCUGAAGACAUUCUUUCGGGUCCGACAUAUUGGCAGUAUUCCCCAUCCGGGCAUCCAAAUGCAACCUGUCGAAUCAGUGCGCAGGAAUCAGCCCUAAGUAGCUCGAAAGCGCCAUUUAACGUCGACUUCAUCGUCCCGACCGAAUCAGACCAGAAGCACCCCUUAUGCCGAAGGCCUGGGAUUCUGGUGGUUGCCCGAUCAAACGAGGCUGGUCUUGCUGAAGUUCCCCCAGAGAAUAUUGCCGCGCUGUACUGCGAGUCCAGUGCCACGAUCCAAACCUUCCUUGCCACCUUCGACCUUCGUGGAUAUGUCGAGAUCUAUGAUACUAUGAACGGAACCGCCAUCACGGAGGGCCCCAUGCUGGCAAACGUCACUGCAAGCCUGGCUAAUUACAAUAGAGCAUUUGCGAACCCACUUCAAGCUAAUAUCACGCACUAUACUCCGAAAGACCGUCACAAAAUCCUGCAAAACUGGUUCGGACUCUUGGCAGCCCAUGUGUACAAGCAGAAGAACACGAGCGAUUCAACCACAAUCGAUAUCGACCUCUUGAUCGAGGCAGCAACCCUAGUCUACCAGACAGUGUUUGCGACCGACGUUACGUUGCAUCGUGACUUUCAUUUCAAUCGCCUGUCUAAACCCGUGUCAGUCCCCGAUGCUACCAUUUUUGACACCUUCAUGUCCUUUAUUCCGGUUCGACCGGCUUUUAUCGUGGUCUUCCUGAUUAUUUCCUUUGACACAUUUGUCCUCAUGUAUGUGUUUAUCACACGAAAGAGGAGAUUUGAUUUCCCCCGGAGUCCCCGAUCAAUUGGUUCAAUGCUUCCCUGGAUCGCCAAGAGUAAAAUGCUGGACGAUUUCAGAGAUACUUCUUCGUGGAGCGCAUCUGAACGGGCGGCCCAUUGUUGCAGGAGAGCGCGACAUUCGUGAUCUGCCCUCCAAGGAACCUGUUGUUCAGAAUGCGCCUGUACAUAGUGAUAGUUAAUAAUUAUAUAUUUAGCAGGGCAUGUCUUACUGCGUAACUAGAGAAGGAAUGAGUUGAGUAACUGCGUAACUGUGCAAUAUCAUCCCCCUCUCUCUACCUAGGACGACGACAGAAUAUCAUGAUUCGACCGAAUAGCAACCCCACACGGCUUCAGUUCACCACUUUCCAUUUUCCGAAUACUCUCCUGGAUAAUGUCCUUGUGUUCCUCGUUCUCCUUCUUUAUCCGUGCUUUUUCCUCCGCUGUCAGUGGUAGUGGUAAUAACGAUGGAUCUGGUUUCCAGCACUGCUCCUGCGGUACUUUGGUUCCAUCCACUCCACGAUACAUAUCUUCCAUCCGUGGGUCAAAUGGACCCCGAUCGAGAAAGGCUUUGAUCAAUCGGGGUGGAAGACCAAUAGCGUCUAGGACGUUGUGGUCUAUCGUCAGAUUUCGGAGGACGCCAUCGCAGCCCAGGACAAAGGCAGAGUCUGUGCUGGGCUUCAGGUUGCGGAAGAUAUUAGAUAAUUCUUUUUGGUCAGGGUGAUUGUUGGGGUCAGGACCGUAGUAGUUGGUGGCAGUCAUUAUUUCGUUCUGAUUUGGAGGAUUAGGAAAUAACUUUUGGAGAUGG